UUAAACGACGGCACGAGAUUUAGUUUUGUAUCUCUGUGUGUGAAUGCGUGUGUGUGUGUUUUUCGUGAUAUCUGGGAUAUAAAAAUUGUUGUUUUUGUUUAGUGCAAAAUGUGUGAAGUUCGUCUGUGGGGCCAUCCAACGUAGUUGUGAGUGCGUGCGAGGCAUGUAGAGCGGGAGUUUCUUUUUUUUGGGUUUUCUAUUUCUUGGUACAACGCAACGAAAUAGCAGAGAAGCGCGGAAUCGUAAUGCAAAAGCGGCGUUAUGGCACUGCAUGGCUGGCGCUUUUUCGGUGUCUCGGCAACAAUCAUCAUCUAUAUUGGCGGCGUGUUGUUUCUGUCCAUGAACAAUAUACCCGGCUCGCAUCCGAAGCGCGUGCGCAUCGAACGAUUUGCAGAGUUUUCCAGCUUUCAUAGUCCACGUUUUCCCAUGCCCAGCCGCAAGAUGACCAUCCGAUGGUGUCGCGAGCUGAAAUACCUUAACCAUGAGCUUCCAAACUAUCCAGACUACAAGGCCGGCGAUUUUGACACUGCUCUGCCCAGCGACAUAAGCGCCGGCCAGAUGCUCGCCAUGCCCAUGCCCAUGCUGACGGCCCUGGCCAGUUUUCCAGGCAGUGGUAACACCUGGCUACGAUACUUACUGCAGCAGUCGACGGGUAUAUUGACGGGCAGCAUUUACAAAGACUAUGGGUUGCUGAAGACGGGCUUCCCGGCAGAGAACGUGUGCAAUAGCUCAGUAUUACUGGUUAAGACGCACGAGUGGGGCGCCAAGGCGUGGGCGCCGUUUUCCAAAGCAAUACUUCUGGUGCGCGAUCCCGAAAAGGCCAUCAUAGCCGAAUUUAAUCGACAGAGUGGCGGUCACAUUGGCUUUGCCUCCCCCGAUCGCUACAAGCGGACCAAGGGCAAGUAUUGGCAACAGUUUGUUAGCAAUAAGCUAAAGGGCUGGGAGCUCAUGAAUCUCAGCUGGGCCCGCAACUUUACCGGCAGCAUUAAGGUUGUGUUCUACGAUGAUUUGGUGCACAACACGGAGCGUGAGCUGCGCAGCAUACUCGAGUUCCUGGAGUUUCCCGUCAACGAGCAGCUCAUGAGGUGCGCCAUUGUCCGCAAGGAGGGCAUUUUCCGGCGCAAGAAGCGACUGCUCUCCUUCGAUCCCUAUACGCCGGCCAUGCGAGCGGAAUUGCAGGCGCGACGACGUCUGGUGUACGGCUUGCUCGGCCGGCAGGAAUAG